AUGCAUUUCGAGGAUUUCGCGAAACAACUGCGUCUGCACCGACACCACGAGUACCGAACUCGGAUGCUCUAUCACCAACGGGACCGCUUACGAAAUGCUAUAGCUCUUUCGGCCCGUUUACAGCGUGUGAAUUCGUGGGUGCACGAUGGUCUGGUUCAGAUCGUUCAGCAGUCGGAUCCGAGUGGCUUCACCAGGGUGCAUCAGCACAUGCAAGAUCUGGCCAACCUCUGCCAUUCCCAGUGGAAUUACGAAAUCCAUGCCCUUGAUUCAGCCUCUACCGUGACCUCAAAACCGCCCGUAAAGGAAUCUUUUUUUUCCAGAUUAUCGCCAGCCAGCCAAGACGACUGUCUCGAACUCUUACAAACCUUGCGAAGCAAUCCUCGCUUUCUUGUGGAACGGUUCAAGGCAAUGAAUCCCGAGCAGGUGAAAGGUCUCUCAACCUCACCCAAGUUCAAGAAACUCCCCGAGUCGGUUCUCGUUUCCAUAUCAGAAAACCGCGGCCGCGAGUCGCAGCGCAGGCGACCUCGAUCUAAUUUUAGGGAAUUUGAGGACGACACACAAUUGAUGCGAAGUAAAGCCUAUUCCAAGGAGCUCGAAGAUUAUGCAUCAUCUUUUGAACGAUCGAACCCCUUAUCUUUCCUCAUCCACAACAUUUACGGCUCAACCCAAGAUAUUCAGAAUAACGAGAGCCAGCUGAGACUUUCUACAUGGUCGACAAUUUGUGCCAGUUUGCUGACGGAGUCCGGGCUGACAUUCGAAGCGAUUAUUGGAGAGGUUUUGUCUUCAUUUGCACAUUUAUACGAAUGGCAGAUCAAGGACCGUUUGGAAAUAUUCUUGAUGGGCAGUUUACAGCGAGGCGCGUUCCUCUAUAACUCUCUGGAAAGCGCGGCUGCGACAUCCAGGACGAAUUUCGGUCCCUUCGACCCAUCGAACACCCCUCAAGCGCAGACGUUCUUUGAUGCAGAGGUCAAAGAGCUCUUCCAAAUCCUAUGCUGUGAUGGGGGUAUACCUACAGGCGCUCUGACCCUGGCUCGGGCGAUCAUCGGGAAACUUCCGACGAUGGAGAGCCAGAGCGCUUUUCGUGGUCAUUUCUUCUUCAGGUGGUUCUUACAAGAUUUCCUGCGCAUUGCCAUCUCCUUUCCAGAGGAUGAAAAAAUGCUUCUUCAAUUCCACAUCAACAGCCGGGCAAGGUUCCAUCUGCUUCACAGACUCUGGGAUCGAGCGGUUGCCCGUGCCACCGAGACUUUCAGCCCAAUGGCUGCACACCAGGUGGACCAAGACGUCCAAAACUGCGUAAAUGGUAUCAUCGGCCGAAUCACCGCAGAAACCCACUGUUCCAAUCCGUAUCGGUCAGAGACGUCUUUGGAUGCCGUAUCCGCACCGAUUUGCUCGUCUUAUAUCUCAAUUUGCGCAGGGGACAUCGCCCACCUGCUUGAGAAAUUGAGACCUCAAGUUCUCCACACCUCGAGUCCUUUUGGCCCAUUCUUGAGCUCCUCGCAAACGACCUUUAAUAUGCAAUAUUCUCGAGCUAGUCCGAAAUUUGAGAGAUUGUGCAGGCGUAUUCUGGAUGUUAUCGAACCCGGCCGUUCGUCGAAGAACAUUCAUCCCCGUCAAGAAAAUUGGGCUCUGCUGUUAAUCUCGCAAGCGGGGAAGAUAUCGACAGCAUCGACGGGGCUAUUGAUUGAGAAGACAGCAAACAUAAGAGGUCUGGGGGAACUUGAUCCGGCAGAAGACGCUGCCCUUCGCCUGGCGGACCGACCGAUCAUCCUACGAAACCAACAAAUCACUAACCAGAUACCAACUCAAAGGGUUGACAGCCACACCCUCUCCGAAAUGUUUGCCGCGGAAGCGAAUAUGUCUCACAUCAAGACCGACAGCAUCACCUCCAUGUAUUGGCACGAUGCGCUUAAAUACUUGCGGGCUCAUUACCCAUUGACAGUCCUGACGGGUGAUGAUACGAAGGUGCUCGGACCAUUGACUCAUAAACUGCUGGAAUGUCGACAGCAGCUUGAGAAUGAAUGUUUCCAGGUGGAGCAAGAAGUGGCAGAGCUCGCGGCAUCUUAUACCCUUGCAAGAGAAGAUCUAACCAAAGCUUCGGGUUGGCUUGAUAAACUUCGAAUCAAACUUUGGUACGAGAUGGAUGUUCUGACUUCGAAUCCCUACGACAAUGCCAGGAACAUCACGGUCGCGCUGAACAACAUGGCCCUGCCACCUAUUCAGAGAUUUGCACCUGCUCAGGAACAAAACGUCUUCCUGGAGCCCAGCCGGCCGGGUACCUCUGCAACGUCGGCCUCAUCAGUCUUUGACCAGCCGAGAAUCGACACCAUGAGCAUCCUCAAAGCGCCAGUGGAAUAUGGCGGGCCUAGAAAGCUAUCAGAUCAACAAAUUGAGAAAACGAAGAAGUGGCUAGAGCGAAACCAUGUGGAAAACUUCUGCCGCGGCGAAGAAAGAAUCCAUCGUUUCUGCAUGGAAGUUAAACUGGUCACCCGGAAAUUGGUCGGAGAAACCGUAACCGACAGUCCUAUCCUUUGGUCUAGUGAACUCUUCUCACGGGAGAAAUCUCUGUACGACAUCCAUACGAUCUUUGGUGGGCCCCCGAGCACCAGACCCCCGAGUGUGAUGAGCGAGCCGCUUUCAUCGACUUCUUUUUCGAUACGCGCGGCGUUUGUGGGCUCAAAGGCCUCGAUCUAUGGCGGUUCAAGCAGGCUUGGAAAGGACAGUUUAGGCAGUGACAUGUCGUCUUUCAUUAGUUCACCCGGGCGAGCCACCACAUCCACCACCCUGGAAAGCAGCAUCUGGUCACCCGCUCAAUCAAACUCCAGGUCAGUCACCUCAGCCUCCAUUCAGUCCCGACCGCCCUCGACGUUCGAGGACGUCGCAUUGACUCGAUCUAUCGACCGCGGUCAGGAAAAGGCCAGCUUUUUGGAGAGCCUGCGACAAGACCUAACCUCCUUAUUACUCUCGGAUCUUGGGUGCCCUGUGUGGAGCUGUGGAAGCGAAAGCGAUACAUGGAUGAACGCCGCGUGGCAGACUCCUAGUAUUGUUGACCGAUUACAGCAACGCACCGUGCUGGCCCAGCUGCUCCCUCCUCAAUCAAGAACUGGAAGCUCUGUGACAAGCUCCCAUUCACAAACCCUCAGGAAACAGAAAGGUCGAAGUCAGAGUGCGGCACCGCUCCCAUACUUGUCGGCCAAACACCAUUCGACCGUUGGCCCAGGUUCAUUGGAUAAGUUACUUACUAAUGGCAAUGGGCAGCUUGACGCAGAGAACUUUCCAUAUUUGACUGCCUUUGACGAUGUUCUUGGUCGGGUCAGGGAUCACACAGAUCCCGUACUGAAACUUAAGGCUAUUCGCGACUUUAAAUCCUUGUCACAAGCUUUCCAGCGGAGUCACCGAGAGGCCAUUCAGAAAGCUAUUUCAGCACGGCAAGAUGUUGACUCCCUGGAUCCAACACGAAGGCGCAGCCUUGACCCGAAUGUGCUCUCACAAAACUUCAAGCGACAACAGCGGCAGAACAAGAUUCGAACGCAAGUUGCGGUUGAGGUUGCUGGUGGCGAGAGCGCCACUGUCCAAUUUCUGAAGGACCUUCUGUUUGUUCUCCGACCGAAGACGAUCUUUCGGGAUCUGCAAUAUAUUGCGGCAUUCGUGUCCUCGGAAACACUGGACGACACCGAACUGGGGCCUGCAUUCCUCCAUGUAGGACUGGCAGCGUUGGCGUGGAAGGACGAGGUAUGCCGUGGCAUGGUCGACGUGGCGGAUCGAAUUGUUGCCAGGGACGCGAUCAAAAGGACCGUGUCAAGUGGCUCCCGUCGGGAGUCGUCAGUGCUCAAGGCGCUGGAGUACUGGCUUAUCGGUGCUCGGGAAGGCAACGCCAUCGCACAACGGGAAUUGGCGAGUCUGUACCUCACCCACCCGGACGUGCCGCCGAUCGUCAGUCUCCCGUUGGCGCCUUCAUCGGAGAUUUUCAAGCGUGAAAUGAAGUGGAAAGAGGAGGAAGAAGGGGAAGAGGAAUGGCGCCGCAACAGCCAGGCGCUGUGCCUUGCUCUGCACUGGAUGCAGGAGGCUGCAAAGAACGGGGACACCGUGGCGCAAACGAAACUAGAGGAGCGCGAGGCCGGCCGUUCAAUUCGAUGA